CCCGCGCCGCGCAGUGGUGCCCGCACCGCCAGGACCGCCACGCCCUGCGCCGCGAGGCCUGCCGCAUGGCCGUCGCCGACCUCAGCGACACGUACACCCGCAAGCACAUCCGCCGCUCGCUCAGUGCCGCCGAGGCCGAGGGCAAGCGCGCCGAGGACCAGCUGCACAGUCUCGCCGUGCCCGCCGCCCCUGCCGGCCUCGAUGCCCCCGACGCCCUCGGCAUCCACAGCGGCCACUUCCGCCUGUACUCGUCCGAGCUCUUCGACCUGCUGGGCCAGCCGACCGACCUGCGCCUCGGCACCCUGCGCUUCCACCACCGCCCCGCUGCCGCCGCCGCCGCCCGCCCCGACGCGCCCCCCCACGGCGUCACCGUCGAGCUCGCCCUGAACAACUCGUUCUUUGUCGCCGACUCAGACGAGACCCUGCCCUACCACACCUUCCGCCUGCCCUCUGCGCCCUCGCUGCAGAACAGAGGCAUCUUGAGCCGGGACCCCGACCACGACGGUGCCUUCCCCGACUUCGACUCGUGGCUGCUCUUCACCUUUCUCGGCAGCGGCUGCCUGAAGCUGGAGGUGCCCAUCGAGAUGUGCGCCAGCGUGUACGGCGGCCGUCUGCGGGGCCGCGUCGACGAGGAGGUCACCUUUUGGGGCUUCUUCGUCGACGACGAUGUUCAUCCUUAGCCCCUCUUGACUUUGCUUGCACCCGACUUGCGGAUUGGCCCUUAGACUGGCGUUUGGCUUUGGAGUUGGGCGCUAUGGGAAACGCUGCGAGCCUCGGCGACAAGAGCGGCCGCACAUGCACUUACGACUUACGAAUUUCCUUGACAUCAUACUACGCCUUUGUCAUCUUCACCUCUGUACCAUGCAUGCAUCAUCUACCUAUCCAUCGCGCAUGGGCUCCCUAUAUUCUUCAUUUCCAUAUUUUGCUGUACGCUCGGGCGGCAUUCUGCAUAGCAUUGAUUUAUUCCAAAAUUCGGAAAACAGAGGUAGAUGGUAGAUAGGCAUGGACAGCGCGCACUCGGAGCAAAUGUAACCUCUCGAUAAUGGUAGAGUAAAUGAACGAAUCAGAGACGGCGGACCAUCUUCGGCAGCCGCACCUUCCAUCUUCCCUCAUCUCAACCUUGUAGAAUAAUUUUGCCGC